GAUUAAUUAAUUGUUCUUCAUGUACAUGUAAAUAUGCCUCACAAUCUCUCAAAAAUGAAUUUGAUCAGUAACUUGCCAAGAUCCAACUAUGAUGUGGCUCUGGCUCCUACUAUGCCCUCUACGUGCAUGGAAACAGACAUGGGUUGCUUCACAGAAGGAGCUCAUGGCAGUCCAACUCUCCAGAAGCUGGCGAAUCAGCUCCAGUGUUUUAAUCCGAUAGGUGUGAUAAAAGUAGGAAAACAAUUCGACGAUGCUGCAGGCUCAAAGCUUGAGGUCGCCGACUCUUUAUCAGCAGAAGAAGAUAAUAAAUUGUCCUGCGUGAAGUGGAGGACGAAAGCAGCUGUCUUGAUUUGUCUUUUUGAGGGAUAUGAAGGCGAGCUGCGUGUUAUUCUUACUAAGAGAUCUAUGAAGCUCUCUUCUCAUCCUGGAGAUGUAGCUUUACCAGGUGGAAAGAUGGAAGAGGAAGAUGCAGAUGAAUCUGCAACAGCAUUAAGAGAAGCCAUGGAAGAGAUUGGCUUGAAUCCUCAUCUCGUUCAAAUUGUUGCAAAAUUAGAGCCUUUUACUUCCCAGCACCAACUGAGAGUUGUCCCUGUGGUAGGUCUACUUGCCAGGAUACAAGAUUUCAAGCCUAGACUAAAUAUUGAUGAAGUUGAUGCUAUUUUUGAUGCCCCAUUGGAGAUGUUCCUUAAGGAAGAAAAUCAUCGAUGUGAAGAGAAGGAAUGGAUGGAGUGGAAAUAUAUUCUCCAUCUGUUUGAUUUUACAUCAGAGCAAGGGGUUUUCCAGAUAUGGGGUUUGACAGCAAGCAUUCUUAUUCAAGCAGCCUCAAUCAUCUACCAGAGGUCUCCAUCCUUCAAACAACAUCUCCCUGACUUCCAACAACUACAAAAAGCUUUAAAAAAUGCAACAUGACAAAUUUCAAUAAACAAAAUUUUUUACGCAAAAAGGAUUAGCUAACAUCAAACUGAAUCAACCAGGUUGAAGUCUCUACUCCUGCGGUAUAUAUUGUAACGCUAUAAAUGGAUUUAACGGUACUAAACUUAACAUAAUUAGCACUCGAUUAUAAAAAUAUUAAUCAGUAGCAGAUUUAUCUGAGAUUUUUUUUCUUAUGCUUAAUGUCAAAUACUUGUGAUGAUGUUAUUAAAGACUUAUAGCUAUGAUGGUUUUAUGCAUA